UGUACAUGGCGUCACUGAAAAGUGUAGGAGUCGAGAAACUUCAUCCAUGUAAAUAACGUCAAGAAGAAAGCUGUGUGUCAAGCUGUAGGUAGCAACACGCAGUAUAUAGCUUUAUAAAUUAACCACCUUAAUUUUUAAAUAUGCCCCGGAAAAAGCCAUUUAGCAACAAACAGAAGAAGAAACAGCUACAAGUCAAACGGGAGAGAAAGAGAGGUGAUACAGGCUCAGGGCCAAGCAGCCGCAAUGCGAGUGUUGAGCGAGGAGGAGAGCGACAGUCGGACACCUCAGACAGUGAGACCACUGACGUUAGGAGAAUAAAUCAACAGCCCUUCAGCAGAGAAGGUAGAUAUGACCCCAACAGGUUCCGACUGCACUUUGAGAAAGAGAGUAAGGAGGAAGUGGAAAAGAGGAAGAAGUUGGCCAGAGAGAAGGUGCUGCAGGCAGUCUCAGACAAAGAACUCGAGAUCAACAUCAAUGACAUCUACCCCUCAGAGAAAGGUCUUGGUUUCCCACGACGGCCGUCCUGGAGUUAUGAGAUGACACGAGAGAACCUGCUGAGGAAAGAGGAGAAGUCGUACAGAGACUACCUGGACGACCUGCACUGCAGAAACCCAGCUGGCUCUCUCAGCCACUUUGAGCACAAUCUGGAAACAUGGAGGCAACUGUGGAGAGUGUUGGAGAUGUCAGAUGUCAUCCUGCUCAUCGUGGACAUCAGGCACCCGGUCCUGCAGUUCCCUCCAGCCCUGUACCACUACAUCACAGGAGAUCUCCAGAAGCAGGUGGUCCUCGUGUUGAACAAAGCCGACCUGUGUCCUCCCCCACUGGUGAUCGCCUGGAAACACUACAUGACCUCCCAGUUCCCCCACCUGCAAAUAGUCUGCUUCACCUCCCACCCUGGACAGCCCUACAGCACAGUGCUCCAAAAGAAGAGGAUGAGGAAGAAGGCUGACUGGAGUCACGCUGGAGGUCCUUUAGAUAUCCUGAAGGCCUGUCAGGAGAUCACAGCUGGGCGAGUUGAUCUAUCGAGCUGGGAGCAGAAGAUUCAGAGAGAUGCUGUCGGUGAGCCACAGGAUGGGGAGCGACAAGAUGAGGGCGCAGAGUCAGUGCUGAUGGAGCAUCAAAGUGACAGCGCGAUGGAGAUGAGCUGCCCGACCCAGGAGCUGUACAAAGAUGGGGUUCUCACACUGGGCUGCAUUGGCUUUCCAAAUGUUGGUAAAUCAUCUGUGAUAAACAGCCUGGUGGGGAGGAAGGUGGUGAGCGUGUCUCGAACCCCAGGCCACACCAAAUACUUCCAGACCUACUACCUCACCCCGACAGUCAAACUGUGUGACUGCCCCGGACUUGUUUUCCCCUCCCGCGUCAAUAAACAGCUGCAGAUACUGGCGGGCAUCUACCCAGUGUCUCAGCUGCAGGAGCCCUACAGCUCAGUUGGUUAUCUGUGCGAAAGGACCCCUUUUCUCUCUGUGCUGAAGCUCAAACAUCCAACUUUGCUAGAGAAAAAACCUCAUGAAAACCAAGAGUCUGAAGAGCUCAGCUGGACUGCCUGGGACGUGUGUGAGGCAUGGGCAGAGAGAAGAGGUUAUAAAACAGCAAAAGCAGCUCGCAACGAUGUUUACCGUGCAGCUAACAGUCUCCUUCGGUUGGCGAUUGAUGGCAGAUUGUGCCUCUGCCUCAGACCACCUGGCUACAGCUGCCUGAGAGAGCACUGGGAAAACCACCCAGACCUGCCAGAGAUUAUGGCCCUGCAAGGGAGGACGACAGAGGAGGAAGGAACAGGAGAGAGGGACGAUGAUGAUGAUGGAGAGUCCAGCACCGAGCCAGAGGAAGAGAGAGAUCGGGAUGCAGAUGAUGAUGAGGAUGGAGAUGAUGAAGAUGAGGGGUUUGGACAUCGAAGGCAGACGGAAGAUAAGCCAUCUGGCUUCACUGUCAACAUGUACAAUGUCCUUCGUGAAAAUGAGUGCGAGUAACAACAAGACGAGCAGGAAGUUGCUCUUCCUUGACUUCUCCCUUUUUACCCCAAUUCACUUUUCAUUCCUUUUUCCCCCUAAAUCUGCAUUCCUUCUCAUUUCAUUCUUGCCUCUCCACUCUCCAUGUCAUUAUCAUCUCCAUACAUUAACAUGAUCUAUUAUAAUUAAUUCACCCCGUUUCCUUCUCCCUAUAAUAUACAGAGCGUAUUUAUGUAUUCCAUGCUGUGCCUCUGCUCUGCUUGUUCUUCCAUGAAGCUUGUUCUUUAGUGUUGCUUUUAGGAAUGGAUUUGGUUUGAUUUAAUCUUUCCUUUUUUUGCAUGUAGUUCUCAGAAACAAAUGAACAAUAUAACUUCCCACAGCCUGGAAUAAUCAACCAACUGGUUUUCAAUCUCUGUAUCAAUAAGUGACUUCUCAGCUGAGAUGCCAAAGUUCAGGAAAGGAUGAUAAAACAAAUCAGAUGCACUGUGAAUAUGAUGUCAUUCACUGGAGCAGCCGUGUGGCUCUGAGAGCAGCUGGAGAUUUAAGACCACGACUUUAAAUCUUCUUUAUAGACAAUAGUUUGUCAUAACUUUGGUUUAAGGGUUUGGGGAUGGGAGAUAUUAGACAAUAAGAGCAGAAUGAAUAAAACCAAUAUUUUACACACACAGUUUAACAGUUACCAGUGUUUCAGCUCAGUUAGAGGUUCAUUCAUCUGAACUUGGUUUUGAUUUAGAUGAUGCUGUUUGUGGGAGUGAUGUUUUAUUUGGUGUGCUUCUACACGGUCCACAGGAAAUUUAAAAAAUAUAUAUUUUGGGAUGGGGGAGGGAAGGGUUGUUGAAUCCUGUAUUGCUGGACGAGGCUGUUUCAGGAAUUUACCUUGUAGUGUUUUAACUACUACAAAACUGUCCUUAGAUGCUGAUAGAGAUCUACAGUAUUUUGUGCAGGAUUUUGGCUACACUUAUUCAGCACGUUUGUAAGCGAAUGAAAGUACAGUGGGUCUGAUACAACAAACUGCUGAACAAUCAGUUACAGGAAUUGUUUGACAUUUUGGGAAAUUCAUGUUUUUUCCUGAGAGAUAGAUGAGAAGGUAGAUGCCUGUAAUUAUGUAGUGGGAGACAGGAGACGUAAGAUUAGCAAAAAGAAUACAUCACCCGCAAAAUGACUCUUUGUAUAUCAAUUACUUACUCCAUGUUACCUUAAAUUCAUAAAAAAAACCUUUGUUUUCUCGCCUGCCUCCUUGUUGAACAGAGAAUCCAAAAAAGGCAAACAUUCUUUAUGAAUUGAAGUAAAAUGGGACCACGUUUAACAGUGAAACUUUAUCAAAACAUCCAUUUAUAAACUCUCACACCACUCAAGCAGUAUAUUCCAAAUUGUAUGCUCAAUACUUCUCAAACACAUGCAUUUGCACUAAAAACCUUACAAUAUAAAACACUUACGCCUACGACCAACAUGCAGAGUAGUGUGCUGUGUAAGUGUGUGUGUAUGAGCUCUGAGGGGAGUUCAAACCCUAUUCAGCUAUGCAUGAGGCUGUUUGUACUGAUGUGUUUUAAAUUGCAGUGUUUUAGCGAUGUGUAUUUAAAGUACUGAGCAUACAGCUGGAUAAAUUAGACUUGGAUUAUACUGCAUGAGUUGUGUAAGAGUUUGUAAACAUGUUUUGAUAUAGAUUUGUUGUUUAAUGUGAUCCCUGAUAACUUCAAUCCAUGAAAAAUGUUUGCUUUUUCCUGGAUUCUUGUUCACCGUGGAGGCAUGUAAAGAUUUUUGUCACAAAUUUCAAGGUAAGAAGUGGUAAGUAAUUAUGAUACAAAUGGUCAUUUUGUGAGUGAAGUGAUGCGUUAUUGCGAAGACUGGAACUGGAGGAAAAAGCAAGUCUGUCUCUGUCCAAAGGCAACAAAAACACUUACCAGGGCCUCUAAAUCUCACUAAUUGCCACAUUAUUAUCUUGUUUUGCUUGACCCAAACAAAACCAAAGUGUAACUGACUUUGUGGCUUUGUACUACAGUAAGUUACAGUGUCUGGCCAAAAAAGUAGUCCAGCACAGAACUUGUGAUUUUACAAUUUUUAUUUUUGAUAGGAUUAAACAAACAAGAUAUAAUGUGUAACCUGUUAGUUUUAAAGGUACAUAUAUUGAGAGAUCUUCUCACCUAACUCUGCAUGAAAGUGAAAUGGUGCAUUUACCAGAAUGUUGAACUAUUGCUUUAACCACACAGAAAGAGAGACUGGCUAUCUUAGUUACCAUCUGUUCAUCAUUAUAAAUACCAUUACACACUCCAUCUGUGUUGUUUUAUGAAUUAUAACUUUGACACACUGCUCAAUUACAAGAUCAGCUCUUGUAAUGCCGUUUAGACACCUGCUGCAGAUGGUUUUCAGUGUUCAUCAACGCCAUGUGUCAUUUUUAGAAAAACUGGCAGUUUUGCUGUUUGACUGCAGGUCUUGCUUUCUCUCUCUUCCUGUGUGAUGGCCCCGCUACAAUCCUGAUUGCUGUAUUAUCGUGUGCUGUACCUCGUUCAUGUGUCCACUGAGGGAACUCUACAGCACAGUGCUGUGUUACUGUGUAAUACAUCACACUGCAGCCACAUGCAGUCAUUUCUACCAUUGGUACAGUGUAAAGCAGUUACUCAACACUACCAUGCUGUUAGAAACACAACUGCCUUUUAGUUGUGUUGAUGUGAAUUAUUAUUAUUAUUAUUAUUAUUAUUAUUUUUGGAAAAAUUAAAACUGACAUUGUCCGGAGAGUGUGGUGUGAAGGCUUGAGGUGGGUUCAGGCUAUUUGCUGCAUUCCUCAUUUCAUUCCUAGUACCCCUAAUGGUGACUGGACUGCUUUCUGCAAUAAAAGAAAAUAAUCCUCUAAACCA